CUUAUUAUUCUUAUUAGUCCAUCCAGACAGCCGACGCACAUCAUGUUCAAGCCAACGUUGCCCUUGCUGGGAGGGCUACUAUGGAAAAUCCCAUGGCGUCUCUCGCGCAGACAGAAAUUCCGCCAGCGACGACGGCUUCGUGCGGUCGAUAGCGUUGUCGAUACUGUGGCCGCUGCAUUGAAGCGUAAUGGAUUGCCGAUGGCCAAGGCUAUUGAUCGAUGGUAUGAGGAAAUGCCACGGGAGCAGGAAAUGCUGCCUAAGGACAAAUACACAAUCUACGACCGAAAGGAGAAGAAAUACCGCAAGGGCAUUCACAAAUUGCCCAAGUGGACUCGAGUCAGUCAGCGUGUGAACCCUCCAGGUUUCUAGCUGAUCUUCCGCAAGAGAAAUAUUCGAGAGAUAUCAAGAGUUUUAUGCGAGUUGGGGUUAUAUUUAUGCGAAAUAAUACUGGCACACACCCCGACACCGCUGUUGCGGCUUUGUAGCAUACAGGAGGUAUGAGGUAUCAGCAGCUAAAUACCACAGCUGGAGUUUUGGCAUCGGUUCAUCAAAAUCAUUGGCGUCAUUGUAAUAUAGGCACAUUCUAGCUUGGAAAGUCGAUUUACUUCCAUUUUUGGGGCUAUUCUACUGCUACUGAUAUUCAAUCUAUUCUAUUCUCAAUAUACUAUACAGCAUUCAAAA